UUGUGAAUAGUUGUGAUUCCAUUACUUAUUGCCAUAUAUUUUUUAUUUCAUUUCAUCGACACACAGCGCUCGAAAGACGUGAUAGUCUUGGAAUCCUUGAUAACGAAUAAGCCACUGUACUGCGGCUGUUUAAAAUCAAUGAUGAUGAAAAAUAUCUUGAAGACUGUCACGAGCUCUCAAAAACGUGACUGUUGCGCUGACGAGCAAGAACACUGGCAUCUUAUUCGUGGCAAAAUUCUUUGUAUUUAUCAGCAAGUGUGGGCGCACUUCUUGAUGCUCACCUUACGAUUUAUCCUGGAAUUUGCGUGGGCAGCUUAUACAACUUUAGCAACAAAUGAGAAACCAGUGCCAGGAAGUCUGCCAGUCGGCGGGGCUAACGCAACGGUUGCGAAAAACGAAACCAAUAUGGAUGCGGAUAAAGCAUAUCAGGGAUGGACUCACUUGUUUUUUUUGGGAUUGUUAUGGAUUUUAUUUUUAUAUGCAUGGACGCUGUCCCUAUGGAAUUUGCUUAUGCUAAGGAAGCUUUGGCGAUGGCAUCCUAAUAGAGAGAGGGCACUGUUACCAGGGGUCAUUCGAUCCCUGCAGCAAGCUUACUUACCGCUUCUGAUAACGAUGAUACUGUGUGGCGUCGUACUGCUCCCUUCCAUAGCGCUGUAUGGAUGUAACUGGAAAAGUGGAAUAGACUCAAAGGGUUCCCUCCUGUUCCUGUUCCAGGGCGCUGUUCUCUCCUGAUUUUUGGGACUGUCCCUUCCUAAAGCUUGGACUUGAAGGUGUACCAAAAGUCUCGUUAUAGAACGAUCUGCUUAAAAUUUUUCAUGUACAUAUAAGUAGGUGCACAUUAGU